AUCUGCAGAAAAAAUGUUUCUGUUUAAUAUGAAGAUUGAUAUUUGCUUUGAGACUUCUGGAGAUUGCAGGUAUUCCUUCAUUGUACUGAAAAAUAUUAAGCUACCAAGACAACCCUGUAAUUGGAGUGGUGGACAUGUUAUUCCUGGUUUCAGUUUGAAUCAAUGGCUCAAUGAUAAGAAUUUACCUUCAACAACAACAGUACUAAACAGUUUGCUGGCCUCACAUCUUUUGGAAGAUCUUGGUUUGUCUGACUACAUGCUGUAUCCGUCCUGUGAUUUCAGUACCUUCAAGAUGAAGCAGCAUGCAGGUCGUGGAUGGAACUCAGUAUUUUAG